GCCACGGGGCGGAGCCCGCUGACCUACGCGUGCGAGUACGGGCGCCAGGUGCAGCCGGGCAUCGUGGAGGAGCUGCUCUUGCUGCGCGCGGACGUGGACUCGAGCAACGACGCGCGCGAGACCGCCCUCGCGCUGGCCGCCGCCCGGGGGCACGACCGCAUCGUGGAGAUCCUCCUGGCCCACGGAGCCAACACCAACGUCGUCGACCUGUGCGGCGAGACCGCGCUCCUCGGCGCGAAGGUCCUGCGCUACAUGAGCCCCGUCGAGAGGGCCGGGAUCGAGCGCUGCAGGAGCCUGCUGCGGGCCUCGCGGGCGCCCUUCUCCGAGUUCGAGGCGCGCCUGGCGGCCGCGGCCGACCCCGUCGAGGCGGCGAGCUCCUUCCUGUCCAUCGCCUUCCCCGGCGGCGGCGUCGAGGCCAUGUGGGCGGAGGACAAGGGCGAGAAACGUAUCUCGAAGCACGACCGGCUCCGCCUGCGCGAGCAGAUCAUGGAGAGCAGCCGCAGCGGCGAGUGCAAGGACGAGGCCGAGCGGCGCGGCCGGUUCUGCGCCGCUCAGCUGCUGGCGCAGCUGCGGGCAGCCUCGCUGCAGGACCCGCCGAACAGGGUCUGCGCCCCGUUCUCGCGCUACCUGCUGCACAGCGGGGUGAUGCGGUGGUGCCAGGCGGAGGCGCACGAGGUGGCCACGGAGCUCCUGGCCCACUUCGAGACGGACCUCCGGCGGCAACGGGACGAGCUCCGGGCGCUGAGAACCCUGACCCGGGAGUGCGAGAAGUUUGCCGGCAUCAUGGCCAAGCAGAAUAGGCCCACUUUCAGCGGCAGGGCCCUGCACCAGUGGCACGCCCACGACAGCCUCCCGUGGCUCACCGAGCACAACGUGGUCGGUGCCUACGAGGCCCUCCUGAGGUCUGGCGCCAUUAUGACGGACCGGCCUCGAGGACUUCUGCGGCUGGGUCGGCGAGCUGAACGCGCGCAUCGCCUCCAGCGACGGGGAGAAUGUCGCGGUCCGACCGGGGGCGUGGGACAAUCGCCUGCCCCACCUCUUCUGGGGCAACGUGUAUCCGGGUUCUUGAUCGGAGAGGCCAGCCGGUGCGCCCCCCUCUUUCACAAGAUCGCGCAGAAGCUGGCCGACAGCAUCGUAGGCGCGGCCGACGUGGGGGGGGGCAGGGCGGAGGCCGGGCUGGUUGCCUCUGUACGGCAGGCUUCAAGUCCAUGUCGGUAUCCAGCUGGUGGCGUUGGCCCCGGUGCCAUCGAGCAUGGUUUCAGAACCGCCGGCUGUCCAUAA